CUGCUGCUGCUGCUGCUGAGCGUGGCGCUGCUGGGCGCCCAGGCCCGCGCCGAGUCCGCCGCCGGGAGUGCGGUCCCCGCGCAGAGCCGCCCUUGCGUGGACUGCCACGCGUUCGAGUUCAUGCAGCGCGCCCUGCAGGACCUGCGGAAGACGGCCUACAGCCUGGACGCACGGACGGAGACGCUCCUGCUGCAGGCUGAGCGCCGCGCCCUGUGUGCCUGCUGGCCCGCGGGGCGCUAGGGCCCUCACCAGCGGUUGCCCCUCAAUAAACGCCCAGCCCAGUG